AUGUAUAUGUUCUUUGAUUUUGUGUUCAGGCCAGAGAAAGAGCCCCAGUUUAAGUUCAUCUACUUCAACCACAUGAACCUGGCGGAGAAGAGCACGAUCCACAUGAGGAAGACGGCCAGCGUGUGCCUCACCUCGGUCCACCCCGACCUCAUGAAGAUCCUGGGAGACAUCAACUGUGACUUUGCCAGGGUUGAUGAGGACGAGGAAAUCAUCGUAAAAGCGAUGACAGACUACUGGGUAGUCGGCAAGAAGUCAGACCAGAGAGAGCUGUAUGUGAUCCUGAAUCAGAAGAACGCCAACCUGAUCGAAGUGAACGAGGAGGUAAAGAGGCUCUGCGCGACGCAGUUCAACAACAUCUUCUUCUUGGACUGAUGGAGCUGAUGAGACGGAGACUGUUCCCCCACACUAACACUGUCAGAGUUGCAGGGUAUCAUGACAGCAUCAGCGUAAUGCAAUAAUUGCAUUGUAAAAUAAAAACAAUUAAAAGCUUUCUCACCAAGUUUUUAUUUUAUUUAACCUUUAAAAAAAAUGUAAUUUUCUCUUGUAAUUAAAUGUAAAUCCAGAUUUUUACUGUACUUUAAUUUUCUUUGUACAUACUUUAAGGAUUUUGUUAACUGUUCAUUGGGAUUUCUUUAGAAACAAUUUGUUCGCAUCAUGAAAAUGUCUCAAAUUAAUUUAAAAACUGACGUGCACACUUUACGCCCAGGUUUCUUUGAUCAUCAGUGAUUAUUUUAAAUACGAUGUCUUCAUGUCAAAAGUAUUGUGGUUUGCAAACAACUGCGCAUUGUCAUUUUACUCUGUGUAAGAAAUGUUUUUUUUAGGUAAGGAUUAAGUAGCAACAUCAGAGAUUAUGUUUAUUUAUUGGACACAUUUUCAGAUGAGAAUAAAGUUUGACAUUA